CGGGAUGAGUGGAAAAGGAAGUCAUUGGUUCAACCAAUCGCGUUGCGCAGCUUGCGGCUAAUCGAAUCAGCAGUCAUGCAAAACAAUUCUACAUCAGCAAUCGACAAGUUCCCAAAGGGGAUUGCACGUUGUUGGUUGAAAGUGCGUAUGACUGGAAUCCCAAAUCCUAGCAUAUGUCAAUCGCCUUCCUGCUUCAAUGAUCGGAUUGCCAUCCUUUGUCGUUCCGAGUCAGGAGGCCGGGCCACGACCCAAAAAAUGUUGAACGUGUUCCUAGUUGAUGCUUGUACCCACUUCAACGGAACGACAGGUCAACCGAGGUCUUGCAGUAGUGCAUGCGGCAGUAUGCAGGGAUGCAGGGGGGAAGAAUGGAUACGUACUUCGUUGACCCGCCAUUCCCAAGAGGGUGCGUGAGAGCCAGCCAGUCAUGGUCAAAGCGGUCGGUGUUCAGUCGCGCACGGAGGGUUGAGUGAUAAUAAGACCAACGUUGCCCAUGUUUGUAUGGAGGAGGAGGAAUCUGACAGUGAAACACGCAACCAUCCGUCCAUUGGAGGCCAGCCCAAGCCUCAGCAGUUCGAGCACGUUGGUAUGAUGGCCGGCGGCACAGGGCUGACACCAAUGAUGCAGGUGGUUCAGAAGGCGCUGAGAGACAGCGGCGACACCUGUAAGUUUACGCUGCUGUACGCGAACAAGACAGAGAGCGACAUCCUGUGCCGCGACAUGUUGGACGAGUUGGAGAGGCAGAGUCAAGGACGGUUCAAGGUCCACUACACGUUGGAUUUCCCUCCAGCUGGAUGGACAGGCAAGACGGGAUUCAUCACCCAAGAUAUGAUCAAGGAAUGCUUGCCUCCAGUCUCGGCCAAGCCGCUGAUGCUGAUGUGCGGCCCGCCUCCCAUGGUCAAGUUUGCUUGCAGAGAAAACCUAGAGGCGCUUGGAUACGACAAGAAGCUGUUCAUCACGUUCUGAAAAUGGCCGCGAUGUUUCGUGUCUCACCUUUGCUGGUUUUCGCCCAACGCUGGCCUCCCCCUCACAGAGCCUGCUGCUCUAAGGAAAAGGUAGCUCUAAGAGACCUAAGAGACCAUUGCUGCCAAGUACAGUUUUCUCUCGGCAGGCACUCGCGGCGAUAGAAAAUGCGCGUGCAAAUGUGACCAGGGGGGGCGCGAAGCAAUAGGAG